CUUAAAAAUACCGCAGGUUACUACUCAGAGGUAGAUUAGACUACCAGCUCGAUUAAUUUCUGACGUUGGGCUCGACCAGGCCUCGAGAUUCGGAUAAGCGUGAUUGGACCGGGCUUGCGUCUUUUCGAGGUGAAACGAGCUGCUCCGUGGUCGGAUCGAACGGUGUCUUUGCUGAGAAGAAGAGGAAGGCAGGCUGGCAAAAGGCAGUUAUUUGCCCUUUUUCCCCCCUGGAACCUCCCCUGGAGGAUACUUUUGGACCUCAUUAAUAUCCGUCUUCAUCUCCUUCCUCUACAGGAUAAUUUCCGAUCAUGUGUCGUUUUUUGGUAUACAAAGGCAGGCAUGAGAUUCGUCUCAGCAAGCUGGUCACCGAACCAAGCCAUUCCAUCCUCACUCAGUCAUACGACUCUCGUCUGCGAUUGGACAACCGCCGCCCGGUCAACGGCGACGGCUUCGGGGUAGGAUUCUACACCGACCCGAAGCUCGGGCCGGAGCCAUGCAUCUUCACGUCGACCCUUCCGGCCUGGAACUGCGAGAACCUCGAACGGCUCGCAGCGAAGACAUGCUCGAACCUGAUCUUCGCGCACGUGCGCGCAACCACGGAGGGAACCCUCUCCGACACGAACUGCCACCCCUUCCAGCACAGCACGCUAAUGUGGAUGCACAACGGCAACAUCGGCGGCUGGCACUACAUCAAGCGGCCGCUGGCCGACUCCCUCGCCGACAAAUGGUACCUGGGCGUCAAGGGCGGCACGGACAGCGAGUGGGCGUUCGCGCUGUUCCUCGAUCUGCUGGAGAAGGAGGGCGUGGAUCCCAGCUCCGACCCGGGCCCCGAGGGAUUCGGCCAGGCGCUUCUGCGCCGCGUGAUGGUCAAGACCAUCGCCAAGAUCAACGAGUUCAUCCGCGACAUCCCCAAGCGGCAUAAUGUGUCGAACGUGGAGACGCGCAGUCUGCUCAACUUUGCCGCUACCGAUGGCCAUACCGUUAUCUGUACGCGGUAUAUCAGUAGUAAGACGGAUGAGCCGGCCAGCUUGUACUUCUCGUCCGGAACGAAGUGGAUGGAGGGCAAGGAUAAGGGGCAUUUCAAGAUGGAGCGCCAUGAUAAGGGCGCCGAGAUCGUUUUGGUCGCUAGUGAGCCGAUUACCUUUGAGAGACACAACUGGGUCUCCGUCCCCGCCAACUCCAUCGUCACCAUCCACAAGCAGACCGUCCUGCUGCAUCCGAUCAUGGACGAGUUCUACGUCGAAGACCUCAACCAGGACCGCUCUUCCUGCUUCGCCGUGUCCAAGGGCCUGGUCAGCACGGCCCCCGGGACUACCGUCCAGCCCCAUAAUGCCGAUAAUAACCUCGAUGGCGCCGCCGCCAAUGCCAACGGCUCCGGCUCCAAGUUCGACCCCGGGGUGGUCGCCCCGCAAAUAACCCGCGCAAACCAGUGCGCUGUAUCGCAUUAAACGCUGAUUGCGUUUCGACAUCUGUCGAAAAGGACAAGAAUGAAGAAGAAAAAAUAAAAAAAAAAGAUGAAUAUCCUUCAGCUUGACUCGCAGCAGUGCAGUAACCGGAGUUAUCAUUAUCAUUAUUGUUAUUGUUGUUGUCAUUGCGAUUAUGGGUGUGUGUGGAGUUGUUGGACGAUUGGUGGUUUUUUUACGGGUACAUUUCGGGAUAUUAUUCUUCAACACCUACAGUACUAGGUACUACUUACCUUAGGUACCUAGCUAGGUACCUACCUUACUCAGCUGGUUUGAUACAGUCUUAUACAGUCUUCAAAUGUAUAGAAUAGUAUCAAUAUGCUACAACCUUCCUGACCA